AUGGACGGUGGAGAUGUCUGGCGCGUGGCCGCCUGUGCCGACGCCAACUCCGCUUCUCACGUCAACAGAAUAAUGCUCCGCUUCCGCCCGAUCGCGCCGAAACCUGUCGCCGGAAGUUCCUCCGCCGCCGCCUGCGGCGGCGUUGGAGACGUAGCGCAGAGUAGCCAGAUGUCAGUCCUCGGGAAGAGACCGAAGAGGAAGUACGUUAGGAUUCGGAGGAACAGUGGAUACGUGAGAAAAAAUGGUAACAAUAACGUCAACGGUAACGAUAACGAUAAGUCUUCCGAUGUGGCGGUUGUGACGUUACAGUUGAUGCCGGAGAAGGACUCGCCGGGAGGAGACUCGGUGGCCGGAGAUUCGUGGUGUAAGAACGUCGAUCUUGACCUAACGGUGGAGAAGAUUCAGAUCGUGGAGAAUCGGAAUCCGAAGGCGCCGUGCGCGACCUCGGAGGGAGGGAAGGGAGGCAAGGGUUCAGAUCUUGUGAUAGCGGCGAAGGUGGCGGAGUCGUGGGUGACGGUGGAGAGCGUGACAGGCACGUGCAUGGGGGAGGGAGGGGCAGGGUUAGGUUGUACUGACGCCGAGAAGGUGAGGACGCUAGAGAGCGACACGUGUCCGGGGUUUGUGUGCGACGGAAGCUUGAGGGUCCGGUGGGUGAAUGAGGCGUACAAGAGGAUGGUGGCGAGCGAGGAUAUCGUGGUGUGGUUGAAGGUGAAGGAUAGCGCUAGCGCUGCGUGGUGGUGCUAUUCUCACCCGGCGUUCACCUGCGGGGUGAGGUUGCAGUACACGUGGCGGAGCGAGAAGUGCACGAAGAUGGUACCCUGUGAUGUUUGGAGAUUGGACUGUGGCGGGUUUGCAUGGAGGCUAGACGUGAAAGCUGCGCUCAGUUUGGGUCUCUGA